AUGGGCUCGUGUAAUUAAUGCGUAUAGAAGCAAGAGUUACAGAAAUCAGGAAGAAAUUAGUAUCUCGUAGUUAGUUAAUCGCCAUACAAUCAUCAAAUGGCAAUCAGAAUUCAAUCGGCAUAUAGAUCAUUUAUAACUCGAUAAAAAUUCAAGUAAAUUAAGAUAUUGUAUUCGAAGUUAAAAAUUAGCAGAAAGGAGAGCAAGGAAUUAGAUAAUAUGCAGCUCAACAUAAGAUUUCCUAAUUGAGUAUCAUACCAGCUCUUAUUCUCCAAAAAUUAAUUAGUUUGAUAGUUCAAAUGUAUUUUCUAGCAUUCAAAACAAUCAAAAACAUUCAGCACUCUCAAUAUUCAAUCGUCAAUAAAGUUUUAAAUUACAACCCAAAGAAUCCGAUUCAUUCGAUUUUGAAGAAUUGGACUAAUAUGACUAAACUCCAUAAAACAAACUCAUUUCAUCUCCUAAUAAAAGUCUAAGAUCUCUUUUAAAUUAGAAAGAGAAAAUAAACUCAUUUAAAUUUCGUUGUGUUUUGACUUUAGAAAUACUGGAGACAAAUGAUAAAAUUAAAUUAUAAUAAAAAAAUAAGAGAUAAAAGUAUGAUACUAUCAAAUUGGUUGGUGGUAAUACCUACAAUGGGGAAUGGUUAGAUUCCCUACCAGAUGGCAAAGGUAAGUACACAUUUUCAGAUACUUCCUAUUAUUCAGGGGAUUUUGUGAAGGGUCAAUUCCAUGGUAAAGGGGAGUUUAAAAGUAAGGAAGGCACCUUCUAUCGGGGAUAAUGGAAGUUAAAUCAAAUGCAUGGAGAAGGUGUUUACAACUAUAAUAAUGGCUGCAAAUAUGAAGGUACUUACACAAUUAAUUAACAUAAAAGGCAGUUGGGAAAAGGAUCUCCCCAAUGGAUAAGGUAUAGAAUGGUAUGCUAAUGGUUCUGUUUAUGUUGGUACUUUCUUAAAUAGGGAGAAACAUGGCAAAGGAAAAAUAACCUUUAAUGCUGGCGAGAUCUACGAAGGGGAAUUUCAAUUUGACAACUUCAAUGGAUAAGGAACAUAUGUAAAUAAAGAUAUUUAAAUUUUAAUUAGAAAUGGCAAGAUGGCAGAGUCUAUCAAGGGGAGUGGGCCAAUGGUAGAAUGAAUGGGAAGGGACUACUGAAUUGGCCUGAUGGUCGUUUCUAUAAGGGAUAAUAUUUGAAUGAUCAAAAACAUGGCUUUGGAAUAUUUUCUUAUUCUGAUGGUCGUAAAUAUGUUGGUCAAUGGAAGAAUGGACUCUAACAUGGUAAAGGAGAGUUUCAUAAGGGGGAUGAGUCAUAAAAGAUUACCAAAGGAAUUUGGAAGCGAGGGCAAUUAGUUAAAUUGCUCUGAUCUUAAC